AUGAUUGCAAAUAAGUGCCCAUGGGUGUGGUUUUUCUAUUUCAGGAGAAAAAUUGAACCCUGGGAAUUUGAAAAUUUCUUUGAUCCCAGACAAAUCCCUACAGAGACCUGUCUGCUCUACGAAAUCAAGUGGAAUAGCGGCAGAAUCUGGAAGCACACAGCCAGAAACACCAAACAGCAUGUCGAAAUCAACUUCUUAGAGAAGCUGAAAAAAGAGAGGCGUUUGUUCCCCUGGACCAGUUGCUCCAUCACCUGGUACCUGUCCUGGAGUCCCUGCUGGGAAUGUGCAAAGGUUAUUGAGGAGUUUUUGACUCAGCACCCAAGAAUAACUCUCAUCAUCUAUGUCGCACGACUUUAUUUGCACAUGAAGAAAUGGAACCGGCGAGGACUUCAGGACCUCUUUCACAGAGGGGUGAUCAUCAAGGUUAUGAGCCAGCCAGAGUAUAAGUACUGCUGGCGUUAUUUUGUGGACAACUUGCCUGAAGAAGAAUAUCGUUACCCAAGAUACCCUCCUCUGUCUAUGGCACUCUAUGCGUUGGAACUCCUCUUCAUCAUUGCAGUAAGUGACCUUCCAAGAAGCCUCCUUCUGAGAAAAAUUGAACCCUUUGAGUUUAUAAACUUUUUUGACCCAGGACAACUCCGUAAAGAGACCUGUCUGCUCUAUGAAAUCAAGUGGAAUAGUGGCAAAAUCUGGAAGCACACAGCCAGAAACACCUCUCAGCAUGCCGAAAUCAACUUCCUAGAGAAUUUGACAACAGAGAGGCAUUUGCCCCCCUCGCUCCACUGCUCCAUCACCUGGUUCCUGUCCUGGAGUCCCUGCUGGGAAUGUGCAAAGGCUAUUAGGGAGUUUUUGACUCAGUUCCCGCGAGUGACUCUCAUCAUUUUUGUUGCACGACUUUAUUGGCACACGAAUGAACGGAACAGGCAAGGACUCCGGGACCUCAUUAACAGAGGGGUGAUCAUCAAGGUUAUGAGCCAGCCAGAGUAUGAGUACUGCUGGAGGAAUUUUGUGAGCUACCCCCUUGGGGGAGAACAUCACUGCCCAAGAUACCCAUCUCUCCUUAUGGAACUCUACGCACUGGAACUCCACUGUGUGAUUCUAGGUCUGCCUUUCUGUUUCAAGAUUCCAAGUGGACGGCAGAAUCAACUCAAUAUUUCUAGUUUUGUGCCUCAAAUGUGUCAUUUCCAAAGGAUUCCGCCUAUUAUUCUUUUUAAGAUAGGAUUCCAGUGA